UAGCCUGGGUUUGUCAGCAUGUGUUGUGCCUGCUCUUUGUACUGUGUCUUAUAUUUUAAUUCAGGGCUAAAUGCUAGAUGCAUAUACAGGCACGAUUAAUGGACAGCAAAAGAGCAACUGAAAAAUCAGGUUCUGCUGUACAAGUUGGGAUUAACCUCGCAUUUAAAGCGUCCAAAAGUCCUGAAAGUGAUUCUUUCAUUACGAAGGCCAAUGUCUUCGAGUGAAGAAAAUGAUGUUAUCCUACAAACAACAAAUAAUAAAGGAAUUAUCACACUAAACAGGCCAAAGGCACUUAAUGCCCUCAAUGUGUCCAUGAUAAGAAAAAUUUAUCCUGCUAUGAAGAAAUGGGAACAUGAGAUGAGUAUGGUAAUAAUAAAGGGCGCAGGAGAGAAGGCAUUUUGUGCAGGUGGCGAUGUCAGAGCUCUAGCUGAAGCAGGGUUGAAGGGGGACCACAUUGGAAAAAUAUUCUUCAGGGAAGAAUACACAUUAAAUGCAUUGAUUGGUACAUACAGCAUUCCGUAUGUGGCUUUCAUAGAUAAAAUCACAAUGGGUGGAGGUGUUGGGUUAUCUGUGCACGGACCAUUUCGAGUAGCUACAGAGCAGACAGUGUUUGCCAUGCCAGAAACCACAAUUGGUCUUUUUGCUGAUGUUGGAGGAAGUCAUUUUCUAUCUCGCCUUGGAGGAAAAUUAGGUUUAUACCUUGCACUUACUGGACAUAGACUGAAAGGAGCUGACUGCUUGAAGGCAGGAAUUGCAACUCAUUUUUGUGAGAGUUCAAAACUCCAAGAACUAGAGAAGGAGCUCAUCAACUGUACCAGUCCAGAAACUGACAUCAAAGAGAUUCUUGACAGAUCCACAAAAGCGAGUAAAGUUGAAAGUCAUCAGUUCAGUCUUGCACCUCAUCUUGAACAGAUUGAGAAUUGCUUCUCUGCUGCAACAGUGGAAGAAAUUCUGGUGAGGUUAAAGAAGGAUGGUUCAGAGUGGGCCAUCAGAUCUCUGGAAAUUCUGAGCAAAGUUUCACCAACCUCAUGUAAAGUGAUAAAAAAGGAGUUAGAGGAGGGAGCCACUAAGUCAUUGCAAGAAUGCCUAAUCAUGGAGUAUCGACUUGGUACACACUUUUGUGACAGACUGGAAUUCUAUGAAGGUGUUCGAGCUCUGUUGAUUGACAAGGAUCAGAAGCCUCAAUGGAACCCACCGACACUGGAAGGAGUCACUCAGGACAUUGUGGAUUAUCAUUUUGCACCUCUAAAACCAGAAGAAGAACUGAAAUUGUAGUUAAUAAGGGAUGCAACAGAUGGCAGUAUAAGUUCUGAAGCUUUCACAGUGGCUGAAGUUGAUAAAAUCUUCUUGGGUUAUCAGCCAUGUCAAUUUUUUACAUACGUUUCAGGGUCACAUGAGACUCUGAUGAUGGGGUAGAGAUGGUCCCUGAAUGUCAGUAACUUUUAACCAAUUGACACGCCCAAUAGCCUGAUAAGAUUUUAUCAGAUGGUAAUAUCUUAUUGUGAUACAAGGACCAGUGUAGCGCUACUUUAAAAUGGUAGCCCCUCCUGGCUGUGGCAACUCUAUAAUUUGAACUGUGGUGAAGGAUUGAUCUGAAACAUAAUAAAUGUAGGAACAUCACAAUCCAUAUAAAUAAAAAUGUAAAUGUUCGUUUGUCCCUGUACGACAAUCUCCAAAAGUUCUUCACCGAUUGCUUUGAAAUUUUGACACAACAUUGCAUUCGAAUACACUAGAUUUUUUAUGUACCUGUU